AGACCCUAUUGUAUCCGCCUCCACCACCAUUGCCGGCAGCCCAUUCCACGCACUCACUACUGUAUUUAAAAAAAAAACUUGCUCCUACCAUCAACUCUGUACUGUACCUACUUCCAAGCACCUUAAAACUGUGCCCUCUCCUGUUAGCCAUUUAUGCUUCUCAUUGGUCCUGAGAUUAUUUAGCUCCAUGGUUCAGCAUACAUGUUGAAGCUUUAGCAGAUUGGCACCUCAGUUUUUAGAUGCUGCUCUCUGUAUUGACCUCAAUGAAUCUACUUUAAACUAUCCCACCCAACAUUGUCCCAGAUUAUGUUGAGGGUAAGUGCUGUUUCCUUGAAAAAUUGGUAGUCAAUGGUUUCUGUAGCUUGGUGCCAGGAUUCAUCAGUGGCUAGCAAUUUCAGUUCGACUUCUGAAUGUGGACACCCCUUUCAAUUUGAUUUCCCAUUCCCACGUUGACGUCGUUCCAUUGCCUCCUCUACUGCCACAAUGAAUCCACACUUGGCUUAGGGGAGCAGCACCUCAUUCUGCCCGGGUAGCCUCCAACCUGAUGGCAUGAAUAUCAACUUGUCUAACUUCCAGUAGCUUCUCUUUCUCCCCCACCCCUCUUUUCCCAUUCCUCAUUUUGCUCCUCUUCCCCAUCACUAUGGAGGCCUUCCUUCUCCCCUUUCUCCCAUGGUCUACUAUUCUCUUUUUUUGAGAUUGCUACUUCAGCCCUUUACCUCUUCCACUAAUCAAGCUUUACACUUUGUUCUCUCUGUCCCACCUACCCACUCCCCCCUCACCUGGUCUCAUCCAUCAUUUGCCAGCCUGUACUCCCUCUCCUCUCCCCCCUCCCCCAUUUCUUAUGCUGGCUUCUUACCCAUUCCUUUCCAGUUCUGAUGAAAGGUUUCAGCCUAAAACUUCGACUGUUUAUUCCUCUCGAUCAGGGGUUCCCAACCUGGGGUCCAUGUCAUAAAAAGGCAGAGAACCCCUGUUCUCUAUAGAUGCUGACUGACUUGUUGAGUUCCUUCAGCAUUUUAUGUGUGUUGCUCAAGAAUUCCAGCAUCUGGUGUGCAUCUGUAUUUCUCUCUCUGCCCUAGUGCAAUACAGGAGUUUGGAUCUUGUUGCCAAUAAACAGGAGAAAUCUAAUUUAACUAAUUACCCCACUUUCCAUUCUCAGCUAUUGACAAAAUAUUGGAGACCAGAAAUGGGAUUUAUUUGCAAAGAGCUGUUUCUGAAGUACAUUUUGGCUAUCACUUGGACCUCUUUCCUCCAGACCUCGCUCAAGUAUGGGCCAAAGCCAAAUUCCAAAGGAGGGGAGAUCAUGGCGUUAAGGAACGCCAUUAACGCAUCGAGGGGAUAACACCCCAGUAGUUUGAGUCCUAUAUCAGGAGAAAAGAGCACAGAUACUGGGUUUGGAGGGAAUUGGGAUGCAGUACUUCAGCAACAGGUACGUUCACGUGGAGAGAGGCGUUAACGCGCGAAAGCUGGCCAUCUUCAUAGAGGGAUUUCUGAUUUUAUUUCAGAUUCUCUGCAUCCAGAGUACUUUUGUUUUUGUAUAUCUGCAUGGAUUAAUUGACGUGACGUUCAAAUACACUUUAAACCGGAAGAAAUAAAGGUCAACCUGGCUCCAGAGCAUCGUUAACGUUAUAACCUGGAGUUCCUUGUGAAACAGCAGGAGCCGUUCAGCAAGGAAUCGGGAGACUUUGAUCUGAUCUGGCCACGGUGUCGUGUGAAGGAGCUGAGGUCACUGCCAGCCUGCUAUCCCGGAGAGGAGACCCUACGAUCACUAAACCCCGCACGGAGGUUGUAUUAUGCUCCAUUUGACACAGGAAGCUCACCUCUCCCAAAUGGAGCAGUUGACAUUGAGCCUUUUGACCAUAUGAUGAGCAGAAGACAUUAUUCUUCGUCCUGCCAUCCAGACACCUGCCAGCUAGAACAUCCCCUCCACUCGCUGUCUGAGCAGGUGGGCUUGGGUGGCUUUGACGUGGACCUCAGGGUCUCCUUACUGGACAGCGGGAAGAAGAGGGCUCAACUGGUGGGCCGUCUCAAGGAGGCACACAGGCUUCUGGAGGAACAGUCUGCCCAGCUGCGGAAACGUGAGGAUCAGCUGUUGGAAAGCAAGACCAAGAUCGAGAUGCUCUCUCUCAAGCAGAAACAAUUGGAAAAUUCCAUUUCCAAUCUGGAAGGAGAGAAAAACUUACUGGAAUUGUCAUGCCUUGAAGAUCAGAAGCAAAGUGGAUCAUUGAAAGAUAAGAUCUUACAUCUGGAGGUUGAAAUGGCUAAAGCAAAAUCAUCGCUGGAUCUAAUCAGCCGUGACCAUGAGUCGAUGCCAUCAUCGCCCUCCCGUACGCUAUCCUUGGCGAAGCUGGAAGAUGCAUUUAAACAGGAGAAGGAGAGCUUGAUGCAGGAACUGCAGUCCACUCAGGAAAUGGUCCGAGUUUACCAGGAGCGAGUGAAGGUGCUCGAGGAGGAGCGUGACAGAGCUGGAGAAGAUCUGAGGAACGUUCAUGAGGCUCAGCAUUCAGUGCUUUUGAAAACCAACGAGGCCAAUCAAAGACUGACUGAUUCCUUGCAAGCUCAGACAGAACUGCACGAAGAACUCAACGACAUGCGCGUCAAAUACAACAAAGCCAGUUUGGCGAGAGACCUGCUUGCUGCCAAAAUGGAGAGAUUGGAAGAGUCUGUCACUAAUUUGAAGACAAAAUUAGAAGAUGUGGUAGCGGACAAGGAUCGUUUUUUCCAGGAGAAGCUGGAAUUACACAAAUGUGUCCAACAUCUGACCCUGGAGUUAGAACGAGCACUGAGAGGGCGAGAAGGUUUUGAUGACCAGCUGGCUGAUCUCCAUGUGGAGCUGCUAAACACCAAAUCCCAGGCCAAUAGGCAAGACCAAGAGAAGGUCUUACUGAAAGAAAAAUUAUCAACCAUCACGCAGGUGAACGAGAGGCUUACUGCAGAGCUGGGCGAGUUGCGGCAGACUCUGGGGCUGCGCCAGGAGCAGCUCCAUCAUCUGGAAGCCGAGAGGAAGAUCCUGAACAAUCAGAUAGAGGCCCUGGAAAGUGAGCGAGCUCAGCUGGUCGGUGAGAAGGAGACGCUGCUGACUGCUGUACAGGCAGACGUCAAAGCCCAUGAUGACGAGGUUAAGGUUCUAAAGGAACACUGUGAAGAGCUCAGGGUUUCUGAGGCCCAGCUAAGAGAGCGCAGCAAAUGCCUGGAGACAGAGUUACAGCUGAAGGCUGAAGAGCUCACCAUGGUAACCCUGGAGCAGGGUGAAGUUGCUCAGCAGUGGAAGGAGAAGUGGCAGGAAACUGCCUGUGCACUCAAAGCCAAGGAGAAGGAACUCCAGCUGGCAGCUGUGAAACAACUGACCAAGAAGGAGAAGGCUGAAUUGCUGGGAGAUUGUGAAAUCUUUGCAGCAGAUUUGGAAGAGCUGAUUGAGUUAAGGACGGCAUUAGCCAGGGUGAAUGCGGAGAAGGCACAGCUCAAGCGGCAGCAGGAGGAGAGUGGACGCAUUAUUGACCUGCUCCAACUGCAGAAGGACAUCAGCGGCGACUCGAAACUGCGAGGUUCCUCCAAGUUCUCCAGGAGUUUAGAGAGUGUCCAAGCUGAGCUACAGAAAUAUCGCAACCAGAUUCAUGGACUUGAGAAGGAGAAGGGGGAGAUGGAAAUGGAAUUGAAGAAACUUAAGCUGCAGGCUGGCACUCUGGUCCGGGUGGAGCUUGACGCCUGCAGGCAGGAGCUGGAGCUGGAGCGGAGCAGGAGCCAGAAGCUGCAACAUCAGCUCGAUGACUUAAAGAGGACCAACCAACUCUCGGAGCUGUGCCAGGUGAAUCAGGCAACAGUGCCACACAAGAUGCAGAGCAGGCAGAGUGGACAGCCAGUGGAGGAUUAUUGUCAGCAGGAAACUAGGUCAAACAAUGAUAAGAAUCAAGAAGACUCACUCGAUCACCUCUCCUUAAAGCCUGAAGACAGUGAGGAGCCUGAUUAUCAGCUUCCCGACCAGGAGCCCCCUUCAAACAGUGGUGAUGAGCUCCUGACACACGACCUGGUGAAGCAAAUAUCUUCCCUGCAGCAAGACCUCCGGGACUCCAAGACUACCCAGCGGCAGCAGAACGCGAUCAUACGAGGCCUAAGAGAGGAGUUGGAAGAGGCCAACUUAAACAAACCAGGAGAAAUAAAGGCCUCUCUGGAGGAAGUGGACAGCGAGCUCUUUCAGGUGCGGGAGGAGCUUCAGAAAGUUUGGGACAUGCUGCACAUGCGAAACAGCGAGCUGGAGGAGCAGCAUCAGGAGCUGGAGUCUGCGCGAGGACAGUUCACUGAAUGCAACUCGGAAAACCAGAGGCUGGAAAACCUGGUCACCACGUUGAAGCAGCAAGUGACAGAGAAGGAGCAUGCACUUCGACAGCUUGAAAGGCUCAGGCGAACAGAGAAGACUGAAUUCGAAAUAAAGAUUUCGGCAAUAGAAUUAAAGUUAGCAGAAGUGGAUGUCUUGGGUGAAGUUCAACAAGAGAGCCCAAGGGAUGAACACAAGAGUUAUCCGCUUCAGACUUGUCGUUGUUGUGACUCCCUUCUUGAGAAGAUGAAUGCCAAAGUGCAAGGUAGCAUCCUCCCUCCUGUCUGUGGUCUGGCUGUACGAGACUACUCCGAUAGAAAUUCUGAGCUGCGGGAAGAGAAGGAUACUGCUCUGAAAUCACUGAACGAGGCCAAAAUUCUUACACAGGUAAAGGCUUCCAAGGAAACUGGAGACCAGGCAUCUUCUGCAUGGGACUUUAACUCUGGACUGGUAACAAAGGACAAAAUUUUUUUUGGGCUCGAAGAGACCGUGAGCCUUGAACAGCGGUUCACCCAGACUCUUGAAGGAGAGAAUCGCGACUUCAGCCGACGUAGUCAGCUAAUGUCGGAACAGCUGGUUGCCUUGGCAAAAGAGCAAGAAGAUCUGAUAAAAGCUUACAACAACCUACCAGAUGACAGGAAAGGGGAGACUUCUCUUGAAUAUUGGACACCCAGGUCACACCUUGUUCGGAAUGUGGGGGAGAUGUUGACAUCCCAGGAGGAGCAGCAACAGAGUCUGGAGGAGCAGAACCAGAGGCUGAAGGACUACGCUGCCUGUCAGAACUUUCAGAAGCUAGAGGAGGAAAUGCAACAGCUGCAACACCAAUUGCACACUAAAAGACAAAAGAUGGCUGCAAUGGCUCGUGAAAUGGAGUCGCUGAAACACAGAAAUGAAGACCUGAUGAAAGCUCAAGUGAUGGGUGACCAGACGAUGGAGAAGAGCCGACCUUCAUCUCUUGCUGCAUCUGGGACAGAAGCUGAACCGAGGGCUUCAGAUGGGCGACUUGCCAGUCCGUGGGCAGCUCAGUCUUUUCAGGCGUACAGGCCUUUUAACCGAAGGGGCAGAGAUCUCUCCCCAUUCCGAAGGGAAGAUAUGCCCUCACCUUCCAAGGCCAGUGCACGAAAUGCAAAAGUUGGCCAGAGUUACUUUGAUGCCCCAUUUUCUGACCAAAGCUCUGAGAUUGCUCUGCAUCCAGAGGCAAGGCUCAUUGGGGUUCCACCAAUCCCACUGCAGCCCAAGGGAGCCAGCACACCAGACAGGCCUCUAUCACCCUUGCCCCUGAGCAGGACUCCAUCUCCUUCCAGGCCCAACUGCCCCAUCCCACCUCUGAGCACGGGCAAGUCAUCUCCCGAUUGCUCCUCAGCUUCUGAGGUCCAGAAUGAGGAAGAGAAGCCACCUGGAAGAACAAUGUCAUCCGCAGUUAAAUGUUCUCUUCUCUUAUCUCCUAGGCCCUAUAAUAUGCACAGGGUGAAUCUGAAUAAAAAAUAAUGUAGCUGUGUGCUUCAGGAAGGAAUCAAGAUCGUAAAAAGCUGCUAUAUUGAAGAACAAAAAUGAAUGGAGCUCUCAAUCUUUAAGGAGCAUUGUCUUCUUGAUAAUCUUUGACAAGCUUAUUAAUUUUACGAGGCUGUUGCUUGCUUGUCACUAUAAUAUGUGGUUCAACACAACAAAUAAUAUUGCACCGCAGGUUUGUUUACGAUCCAAGAUAGAUUUCCCUUUUCUGCCACUGUGUUUAUUCCUUUGCACUGUUGAAUGAUUCCAUAUCCAGUGCUGAGGCAGGGUUUCGAUCCAGAACAUGCCUCCAUAGAUGCUACUUGGCUCACUCAAUUCCUCCAGCAGUUUGGCCUUUUUCUUUGCUCCAUUCGCGUAAGAGUUUAGGAAUCUGGAACUCUUUCAUGACUGACAAAGUUGGUUUUAAAUCAGCAACUGAUAGGUUUUGGUUAACCAAACACAUUAAAGAAGUUGGGGUCAAGGUGGGUGGAUGGAUGGUAUGAUGGAUUGGACAUUCUAUUCAGGCACAGGUGACACAUUGGAGCUGCCUACAGUUUGACUAGAGAUAUGGAGUUGGUGAGUCCUAAUUUGGAGUACUGUGUGCAGUUCUGAUCACCAGUCUCCAGGAAAUGUAUCAAUAAGAGUGAAAGGGUGUAGAGAAAUUUUACAAGGAUGUUGCUGGGACUAGAGAACCUGAGUUAUAGUGAAAGGUUGAAUAGGUUAGGGCUUUAUUCCCUGGAGUGAAGGAGAUAAAUGUAAGCCGGCUCUUUCUACUGAGUUUGGCUGAGACUAGAGCUGGAGGUCAUAGGUUAAGGGGAAUGUGAGGGGGAACUUCUUCACUCAGAGAGUGGUGAGAGUGUGUAAUGAGCUGAUGCCAGGUUUGAUUUCAACAUUUAUGAGAAAUUUGUUUAAGUACAUGGAUAGGAUGGGUAUGAAAGGGAAUAAAGGAUCAGUCACAAUUGAAUCGUGGAGCAGCCUUGAUGGGCCAAAUGGCCUAAUUCUACUCCUGUGUCUUAUGGUUCAAGUGAAGGCCAAUGAGUCUAGUUCAGCACUGACUUGAUAGGCUGACAGGCCUGGUUCUGUCCUGUAUUGCUCUAUGACCCUAUGACUAUGGUUCAAUGGAUGAGGGUGGGAUCUUCUUUAUGCUUACUUCCAAGAAAUCGCAACACCACCAGGAGGUUGUUCCCAAUGUCAUCUGCAUGUUUCUUGAACAGCAACUGAAUAAGUGCAAUGCUGUUGGGUACAGCUCCUCUCUGUAAAAUACAAUCCAAAAUGUUGGAAUAUAGUAUCAGUGGACCUUUGAAAAAAUUUGGGAAGUAUUUUAUGAAAAUAGUUGCCAUAGAUUCAAAUGAGAUCUACUAGAUCUCCUGAGAUGGUUCUUAAAUGACAAUUACUUCAUUCUAAAAAAAAGCAAAAUGUGUAUUUCAUCUUUGACCAUGACCCCACCCUGUGGCUCAGUGUGGACAUUCCCAAUGCUCAGGCAGGAAUUUGUAGAUCCUAGAUCCUACAGUUGUGAGAGGUGGGGAGGGAGAAAUAAUACCCUUGACUGAUGCUGAGUGCUGAAGGAGUGCUGCACCACAGGAGGGGCUGUCUUCAGAGUGAAACAUUAAGCUCCCUCCUGAAUGGAAAAAGUCCAAAUCAUAAUUUAACAGUAGAGUAGAGGAGAUCUUUUCAGUGUGGUGGCCAGUAUUUAUCAAUUAUCAUCGCAGAAACAGAUUGCCUGGUACCUUUCACACUUUUUUUUGCAAGCUUCCUAUGCACUGGCUGCUGGGUUGCUGACAAUGUAGCAGCAUCUACUAUUUAUAAUACAUUGGCUGUAAAAUGCAUUGGGGCCUUCUAAGCUCAUGGUUUGGCUUUUUUUUAGCUCAAUCCUUAAUCUGGAUAGAACAAAUCUUCGUAAGAAAAUGCAGAAUGUAGCACUUCAUGGGAGAUAAAGUGACUAAGCAUGGUUGGAUCAACUUUGAUAGAAAAAAUGGGAAGAAUACAGAACCAAUAUCUGGUUGUUUAUCUUCAAGGUUCUACCAUUCAUUUAGACCAGGGGUUCCCAACCGUUUUUGUGCCAUGAACCAAUUGCAGCUCCGCCAGGAGGUUAACCCCAGGGCACCUUCAUGUUUCUUGAACAGACCCCAGGUUGGGAACCAUUGAUCUAGACAGAGGGGCAAAUUACACUGGCCAGUUAACCAACUUACCCACACAUUUUUGGAGCGAGGGAGGAAACUGAGGCACCUAGAGGAAGCCACUCGUCAAUGAGAAAACGUGCAAAUUUUUACACACAAUGCACUGGGCUUCGGGAUUGAACCCAGGUCAGUGGAGCUGUGAAGUCUUAUCCCUCCUAACUGCACAGCAGUGUCACCCUCAUAUUCAAACUUAGACCAUGCUAUAAUGCUUCUCCUGUCCCAUUUUUGAACAUUCAGUUUCCGCAGAAGAUGGUAGGAUUACAAAUAACAUGUUGAGAUAACUUUGUUUCCAAUGUAAAAUGAGAGGAACAUUGUUUAAUUAAUGACAUUAUUGAAAGUGAGAAUUCUUGGCUUAUGUUUAUUAAGCUCCCUAGAAGAGUAGUUAAGAUUUCUAAAAAUUCAGCAUUUUCUAUGAAAAAUCAGUUCUACAUAUUUAUGCAGUGUCAAAGUUAAUGAUGGUCCCCAGCUGGAGCACUGGCAAUGUUGUUAUGGCAGUCACGAUAUGUGGAAUAUGUUUGUUUCCUUACUUUGCUGAUCCUGUGAAGCCUUGUAUUUAGCAUGUUUUUUGAUUUGUGACAUGUAUUUCAUUACAACCAGAGCUGCACCUAUA